AAACCACGAACAACAAUGGUGGUUCGUAUUCUUGGAGGAGUAUACCUCUCAUCUAUAGAGCCCAUCAACAAUAGCAUAGAUUUAAAGACAAAAUACAGCAUCUCCCAUAUACUUUCUGUGGUUCCAGGUCCUUUACCCCAAGAGUAUCUUAAAGACUAUGAGCACAAGCAAAUCGAAGUCACCGACGAGGAAACGUCGAAUUUACUAGAAUACUUUGAUUCAGCCUACGAUUUCAUCGAAGAAGGUUUGUUUAAAGAGUCGACAGAUCCAAAGAAGCACCUGAGAUGCGUUCUAGUUCAUUGUUCACAAGGAGUAUCCCGUUCUGUAACUGUAGUUGUAGCAUAUCUCAUGAAGAAGUACAAUUUGACUUUGGAACAAGCAAUGCAUGCCGUCACACGGAAGGUGCCAGAAGCACAGCCCAACGAUGGCUUCAUGGAGCAGUUGAAGCUCUACAAGGAAAUGGAUUUGAAAGUCGACUCUUCGAACGACUUGUACAGAGAAUUCGUCAUCAACAACCAACUUAGCUUAGAUCCUACUGGUGCUACAUUGAGAGAUAUGGACCUUUUCAAACCAAAACUGCAGCAGCAGCUUCUGGAAGCAGAUAAAAAUUACGAAUUGAGGUGCAAAAGAUGUCGUCAAGUAUUGGCCGUUGGUGGUCAGAUUGAAAACCACGAGCAUCCUGAUGCUGAAUCUCGCCAAUCUCAAUUCAUCAAGAAAGCUCCUAACUCUCGUAGAAUCAUUUCAGUGCAAGAGGCCAGCUCUAACUGUUCGCACCAUUUCUUGGCUGAACCCUUGACAUGGAUGAAAGAAGAACUAGAAAAAGGCGAGUUGGAAGGCAAGUUUAUGUGCCCAAAGUGUAUUGCAAAGGUAGGGGGCUACAGUUGGAGAGGUUCUAGAUGUUCGUGUGGAAAAUGGAUGAUCCCAGCUAUACAUUUACAAUCGGCCAAAGUGGAUAGUAUCAAAAACAUAGUCUUGCCGAAUCACUCUACAGUAUAAAUAGACUUUUAAUUAGCUAGCAUCAACCACCAUGUCGACGUACGAGUUGUUUUGAUCGUUGUCUUCGUUUUGAGUGACAUCUUCGUUUUCAUGUCCGAUUUCGUUUUCAUUUCCGAUUUCGUUCUCAAUUUCGUUCUCAUCCUGGUGGUUUUCGUCGAUACGAUUUAAUGAAUAAGCAUGAGAAUUC